UCAUUAAGCUGCAGUGCACAGCCCCUGAUGUCCUCCUAUUGUCCCAACAGGACUUAUAUCCACAGCUGAGCACUCGAGGUCCACAUCGGCCCUCAGUGAGGUUGUGCUCGCAUCGCUCUGCCUGACUCCUCUGAUUCUCCAAGCAACCAGAUGCAGGACAGGACGGAGAAGUGUGGAGCUCAGCUGCCUCUCUGUGCUCCAGCCAGCAGCUCUCAGCAGCAUCUGUUCAGGAAGAGCACCACCUACCUGGCUAAGGUCGCUGUCAUCCUCCAAGAAGCUCCCGGCAAGAUGCUCACUUUUACUCAGCUGAUGGACAAACUGGCACCACUCAUUUGUGAGGACAGAAAAUCUGUCGAGAACAACAUCAGAGUCUGUUUAUCAGCCAACAAAUGUUUUGUCAAGAUUCCAGUGGUUCCACAUUCGCUGCACAGUAAGAGAAACUACUGGAAGCUGGAGCCCAGUCACAUCACAGCCAAGAUGGUGCGUCGUCACUUCAAAGGAAUCCUGCGGCUCUUCCCCGAGUUGGCCUCCAAAGUGGAAACGGAGAACACGAGCAGAGCAUCAGAGCACUGCUCGUCUCUCCACUCUGCUGACGCUGCAGCCUGCAGAGCUGUUCAGAUCAGGUGUGAGGUGAAGUUCAGCAGUCCUUUCUCCAUCGAGUCCCUCCUGGAGAGAGAUGGUCCCUCUGCUCGGGCCUCCCGAGCUUCUCCUCUGUCCAGUGUGCCGCUCAGAGCGGACAGGCAGCAUCGCUCCACAAAGAGGAGCUUCAGCUGGGACUGUGAGGAGCCUCUCCUCCUUCAAGCUUCAGCUGGAAGCUCAGCAGGGGGCAGCACACACCACGGACUCACUGCUGCUGGAGCUGCUAAGCCCCUCAGGAGGAUGCAUGUGUGCGCUGAGGCCUCCUUCCCCGUCUACACAAGAGCCGGCACUGCUCCUUAUUUCAGCAGCCCACACAACAGUUACAUCACUUACUCUGUACCCACAUUUACCCAGGAUGCUCUCUGUGUCUGGCUGUGAACAUGUUUGGUACCUGACAUACCAGCUUUCUGAGCACUUCAUGUUCUUAAUAAAAUGUCAAAAGAA